CUGGGAGUGGCGGUUGUUUCAAGAUGGCGGAUGUAGCCGAGGGGCUGAAGCCGGAAGGAGCCGCUUACUGGAGCCGGGACCUUUCAGAUGAAGACCGACAACCUGUGUAUGUCCCAGGGGUUUCUGAUGGGAGGCCUUUGAGACCCAGGCCACUGCGGAAAGGGCAGAAGACGGAAGCGAAGGCCAAAGGAGCUGCGGCUUCGACUCCCGCCCCCAUGGAGGUCCUGGAGAGGAUUGGAGAAGAAGCUGGGCAGCAGGGGCCUGACAAAGGAGAAACAAAAAGUGCUUCUUUGAAGGAUUUAUGCCCCGAAGACAAGAGGCGCAUCGCGAACUUAAUUAAGGAGCUUGCAAGAGUGAGCGAGGAAAAAGAGGUGACGGAGGAGCGCCUGAAAGCCGAGCAGGAGGCCUUUGAGAGGAAGAUCCGGCAACUGGAGGACCAGAACGUCCUCAUCAUCAAAGAGAGGGAAGAUAUCCUUUAUUUUUUUUUAAAAAAAAUCGGCUUAAAAUGGGGAGUGGGUGGGAGCGAGGAGUUGACUGCACGCCAACCGGGGGAGAAAUAA